AUGGACAACAUAAAGGUCAUAGCGGCAAAUCAUGGAAAAGUAACUCUUCGGGAGAUGAAUCUUAGCCAAGGAGGAAAUAAUGUCCGUUGGCUAAACGAUCGAGAAGAAAGACUACUGCAAACUUCUUUACACUCUAUGGAAAAAGCUCAUAAGAGAGCGCUGAGUCGACUGCAAACUGAAGUCAAAGACCUGCACCAUACGUUAAGAGAACAAGCAAUAAUUCGCUCACCCCUGCUAACAAAAGAAGCAUAUUUGUUAGACAAAGACGUCCUCGAAUGGAAGAGGCCUGCAACUGCAGUUAACACAAAGACUUUUAAACUACACGAUGAAAGCUUAGCGCAAAAUAAAACUGAAGAAGCAACAAGAAGUCCUGCAGGGGAAGUCAAAGAUUCGCCUUUGGAGCACGUUACAAUAGAGGGUGAGUUAACAUAGACCACGUUUCUACAAGCUUAUUAAUGAGAUCUAAAUUCUACAUUAUUAUUCCAUUAUUUGCAAUCGUUUGUAUCGCCGACGUUUUAAGAUGAAAUGUGAAACACCUUUGUCGAUAAAAGAAGAAACAACGCGCAUUUUAGUAGGAUAUAAGGACUAGCUAUUUCCCUUCUUAUUUGAAUGUUAAGCGCGCAGAAAGGCAAAAGAAUCUGCGAGAGUUUGAUCAUUUGUUCAGCGAGCGCACUUGACUGUUAUUCUCAAUCUGUGAGUCUGGAACAUUCUUGUUAUCUGAACAAGACUUGCAGGAAGUUGUGUAUAAAUAUGAAAGACGAUAAUGACGGGGCUUCGAAUAAACAUAACGGAGAAAAGUACCGUUAAUCCAUUUACAUUCAUAACCUUAAAUAAAAGAAAAGAAAAGUAAGCAUUUUUCCAGCCUGCGGACAAGGCAGUGUGACAAUUGAGAUAGAAAAUAUUGCUGGUAAUGCGUCAAAAAACCACCACCAAAAAGUUAAGCAGACUUACAGUAGUCAUAUAUCCAGUGAUAUAUUUCUUAACCUUAAAGUCUGUCAUUUUAAAACAGUGAGAUCUCUUGGUGUGGAACAACAUUGAAAAGGAAUUGCUCGAGGCACCGGAUCUGCCGGAUUUCAUAAGUCUGCCAUGCUCACGUUCGCGGUUUUUAAGCGUGGUGUUCAUCGAAGCGCGCAAAGUCACGACUAGUACUUGCCUUUUUCUUCCAAAAGUGCACUGAAAAAGCCAAAAACCAAAUUCAUUGAAAAUUUUCGAAUAGACUUUUUACUUAUUUCACUUCACCAAGCACACAAUAAAAAGGCAAAAAGGCUUCAGGCUGAGGCUUGCGGAAGCCUAAGUCAGUACCUUUGUUCCCAAGAACGCAGGAAAGGUCAAUUACAUUCUGUAACGUCUUGAAAAACAAAUAGUACCAUGUUUAAGUAUUGCUAAAACGGAUUCAUUUGAAUGGUCACGCUAUUAGAUCUCUUUUAAACACUUCAAUCCAAAAUUUGAUACACAUUUUCAAUAAUCUAGGAGAUUAAGUGGUUAUUAAAAAGAAUAAAAUGAAGCGAAAAAAGUGGUGGCUAAAACUAAUUGACAGCACUGCGUUUGAGGUGAUUACUGUGUUAGGUAGAAAGUUUGCACUGACUCAUGUGGCCUGAGGGCACAAUUACAGAUAUUUUAAACAGAACAUAUUUUGAAUUACAAGGCAAACAAAACAUUAAGAUCAAACAUUUACAGUCUAUCCAAAUGCUCGUUUCAAUUCUCCGCGAACCAAAAAGUCCUAUUUAUUUUAGCCUGUUCCAGGCUCCAAGAUCAGUGAUGAGCAGAGAUCGUGAAAAAACUUAUGCGAAAACUGACGCACGGGCGCUGAUCACGCGCUUUUUAUUUUCGCAUGAGUGCCUUGUUUUCAGUUAACCCCCUUACUAUCUGAAUGACUGGCAAAGGCUAUAAUUAUUUUAAAAACUACUUCGACUUGCUGAAAGUUGAAAAAACUCCCUAUCCAUUUUACUGAGCUGGAUAUCGCAAAAGACAACUCGCCUCAAAUCAUUGACUCAAAUCAUUGACUCAAAAUCCAGUUUCUUGCAGCUUUGUAAUGAGUUCACGUCAUUUGCGUAGAUGGGACAUAUACAUGUAAGGGUGUUUUACGGAGACGUGAUUUAACAAUAAAAUAAAUAGUGGGGAGUAUAUAUGGAUGUCGCGUGCUUCUUGUUUAUCUAAUUCCUUUAAUUUGUCGGUUGAGUCCCUCAAUAUCAUUCUCUCUUAUUCACGCAAUAAGGUUCUUCUAAGAGCCAAUAUCUCCUGUCAGGUUCAGUUAAUUUAUACUCUAUAAUUACCACAGUUGUGACUUUGCAGAUUAUAACCAACCUUAAUUGUCUUUAUAACAGAUAUAAACAGCCUCAACCAGCAAAUGACCAGGAGAAGCUCAAGAAAGACGAAAAAACAACCUGAAAUGGCUUGGACAAGAAAGCUGUCAUCGGCCCAAAAACGACCGCUAUCAAAGCACUUAUCGAACUCAUCCGACAACUCUUCGUCUUCAACGAAUGCUGCCUCGGGACAUCGUCGUAAAAUUUCCGUCGCCGAUCCACCUACAAUAAGCGUUGAACUAAGUCCUCAGUUAAGGAGGACGUCUAGUCAAAGCUCGCUUCAGAUCAACCCUAAUACCGCAUUCAACCGCGGUAAAACGCGAUCUGCCGAGAUGAUAAACGGCACUUCAGCAUAUCACAACACGGGAAACGCCAUCAACGAUCCUUUUCCACCGAGGCUGAGAAAAAAUUCGGCUCAGUCCAUGAAUCACGUUGCAAGUCCCCUAUUUUUCAGAAGAAAAAUUUCCCAACAGCACGCAACGCGCAGCUCAUCGCCUUCACGAGGAGUCCGAAAAAUCUCCUGUCCCACUAAUCUACAGCAUACUCCCAUAGUGCAACAGGAGGAAAUCAUACCUCUGCAGUUAUCACGUGACAGCAGCGUGACAUCCUCACGAAUGACUGUAACCAUGACUACCGAUCUUCCUAAGCUGGAAAUGCCACAUAGGAUAGAGCAGAUAUCGCCCGGCUGUGAAGGCAAUGUUAGUCCCCUAGGACUUCAUGUCAGUGGCAUGGACUGUACCCUCCAAGAAAAAGUCAAUAACUUUCUUAGGAGUUUGGAGAGAAAUGACGACAUUCAUGAACAGGACGAAAAUAGGGCUGAAAAGCAGUAA